AUGGUGGAGAUCAGAAAGCAAGCCUCGUUGAACCUAAGCAAUGUUCGCCAUUCCUUUUUAAUUCUCAGCGAUGAAGUUCAUGAUGAAGCUGAUGAAGUGGCUUCCAUCUUACAUAAGGCCCACAAGCUGCGGACGUUCCUACUCCACUCAAGCAUCACCAGGGUUCCAUACAAUUUCUUUCAUCAUUUGAGAUGCCUUAGGGCAUUGGACUUGAGUCAAACUCGCCUUAAUAAAUUGCCUCAAUCAGUAGAACAGUUGAAACACUUGAGAUAUCUUGAUUUAUCUUACACACACAUAGAGGAGUUGCCAGAGUUGGUUAGUAAUUGCAGAAAUUUACAGACCCUGAGACUCAAUGCCUGUGCUAGGCUAUAUAAACUGCCUAGAGGGAUGAGGAAAAUGAUUUUCAUGAGACAUCUAGAAUUAGAAGACACCCACAUGUUGAAGUUCUUACGGCAGGGUGUAGGGAGACUAACUGAGCUUCGGACGUUAACAGAUUUCAUUGUGGGGGGUGGCGAUGAGGGAUGUAAAUGCGGAGAACUGAAAAACCUCAAUCAUCUUCAAGGAAGACUUCGAAUUAUCGGCUUGGAAAAUGUCAGGAGUACAGAUGAAGCUCGGGAGGCAGAACUGUAUAAGAAGCAGCACGUUCAUGCUUUAAUCUUGGACUACGACUCGAUAGGUGGUGGACUGUUGGAUGAAGAGGUGAAGAGGAGGGAGAAUGUGCUCGAAAUCCUCCAGCCCAACACAAACUUGAAAGAGUUUGAAAUAUGGAAUUAUGAAGGUUCCAAGCUUCCCAGUUGGAUAGAGGAUCCCGUGUUCUCUAAUCUAGUCAAGGUGAAUCUCAUGAAUUGUUCGAAGUGUAAAAAACUGCCAGGUCUUGGGAAACUGCCAUCCCUUAAAUGCCUUAUAAUUGAGGGAAUGGAAGAGGAGGAGUGGGAACUGAGAGGUGGAGAUGGAGAGGUUAUGCCAUCUCUCCUCCAAUUAGAAAUACGUGAUUGCCCAAAGCUAAAGGCAUUGCCCUACAACCUUCCACCGCUCCUUCGGAAGCUGGCUUUAAACAUAACUAAUGAUGGGAUGUCGUUGGAAGGGCCCUUACCUGUCCUCCCCAACCUCAAUCAUUUGGUGAUAUGGUACAGUCCUGAGCUGACAUCGUUCCCUUGCGGUUGGUUGGGACAACUCAAAGCCCUCCAAACUCGUGAAAUCUAUAGGUGUCCAAUGUUGGGGUCUCUCCCAGAGGAGUUGCCACACCUCACCAUGCUUCGAGAAUUGAAGAUCACAUGCUGUCCACUGUUAGUAGAUCGCUGCCGAGAUGGAGGAGAAGAUUGGGAUAACAUUGCCCACAUCCCUUGUAUCAAAAUUUUUACUUGA